AUGAUUAGAAAUUUGAAAGCCUAAAUUGUUUAAGAAGUAUAGUAACUUUAAGAUGCAGAUGAAAAAUAAUAAAGGUUUGCUUAUGUAUAUAAUUAGCAUCUAAUGUGCGGCUUAAUUGCAACUUAAAAAAUAUUAAACAACAUUGUGUCUCAUUAAAUUGAUAUCUUCACAAAAAUAUAUGACUCCUUCAAACUUCUCUUAAUUAUGA